AUGAAGUCUAAACACAAGAGUUGCUCACCUUUAACCAAUUUUGUUCGUAAACCACAAGUUUCUCAUCAAGGAGUCAUUUUUCGUGAUAUUCUUGCCCCUGCAUCACCGUCUUCUAAGAAGAGAAGGGCAACAGACAUGGCCAAACAUCUUUUGAAGAAGAAGAAGAAGAAUGGUAGAGUGAUUACUUCAUCAGAAUCUACAGCUGAUGAAACUGAAACCAUUCCAGAGACACCGGAAACUGAUCUUCAAAAAGAUGAUGUAAUACCACCCGAAGUUUCGAUUGCCAAGAUAGUUCCUGUGGAGGCACAAACUUCUAACAUUUUUGUAAACAUAUCUAAUAUGGAUGCAAGUGUCACACUGGGUGAGGAUGCUUCUCAUGGUGCAGACAAAAGUAAAUCUUCGGAUGUUACUCUAGACACAACUCUUUCUUUCUCUUCACAGGUUACACCUAUCAUUCCUACUACAUCCAUAACCGAUUCUCCUACUUUUGCAAACAUUAUUCAACAACCAUUCACAUCUCUGUUUUCUUCACAAUCAACUGAUCCACAUACCACUACUUCACUAAUAAAAUAUUCUUCUUUCAUGGAAACUGAACACGAGUCCUAA